UUUUUUUUUUUUUUAAAUUAAUGGUGUCAGUCCGCGGCACGAGGAUGAGUAUACGGGCGGUCUAACCCCAAGGUCAACGAGUCAUGGCUUAUCUUUCCCCAGUUCUGCAUUUUGGCCACCCCAUGGGCAAUUUUUGUCUGGGGAAAAGGUUUUGCGGAGAGGAAUAACCCGAGCUCGCAGCAGAAAUACCGGGCAAGUGCCGUCGGCCCACCGCGAAGCUUGGGCUCCAUGUCGUCGUCUCGUCAAAUAAGCGCGGAGAGCCAAGGAAACCGGCGCAAUUAAGUGCGCCUCCUCGGUGGGCGUUGACCCGAAGCUAAAAGCAUCCCACGGACAAGUUUCUCCGCGUAUCAACUUGUGGAUCCGCUUCGGUGAGCGUUAUUAGGGCGCUGGUCCGUUCACUCUCUGCCCGGCUUUCCUCGAUACUCAUUUCACAUUUUCUCUUGUCGCACUUCAAGGGUCUUCAUGAUGUCGUCUAAUACUUCCCCCCCGCAGGUGCGCGAGACCGUCAACCGCCUCAUCCAUAAUCUCGUUAACAUUAAAGAUGAAACGGGCCGGUUUCUCAUGCCGUUGGCAGACGGUCGCAUCAUCGAUACCAAGUCCUGGCAUGGCUGGGAAUGGACGCACGGCAUUGGUUUGUACGGUAUCUGGAAGUACUACGAAAUGACUGGCGAUCCUGAAUUAUUGAAAAUUAUUGAAGACUGGUUUGCCGCCCGAUUCGCCGAGGGCGGCACCACCAAGAACAUCAACACCAUGGCCGUGUUCCUGACCCUGGCCUACGUCUAUGAAAAGACAGGCAACAUCACCUAUCUUCCCUGGCUAGACGCCUGGGCCGAAUGGGCCAUGCACGACCUGCCUCGGACGCGCUACGGCGGUCUGCAGCACGCCACCUAUCUCACAGACAACUACCAGCAGCUCUGGGACGACACCUUAAUGAUGACCGUCAUGCCUCUUGCAAAGAUCGGAAAGCUACUAAACCGUCCAGAGUACAUCGCCGAAGCCAAGCGGCAAUUCCUCCUCCACAUCAAAUACCUAUUCGACACCAAGACCGGACUCUUCUACCACGGAUGGACCUUCGAAGACGGCGGCCACAACUUCGCGCAGGCGCGAUGGGCCCGCGGUAACAGCUGGAUUACCAUCGUCAUCCCAGAAUUCAUUGAACUGCUUGAGCUGGAGCCCACAGACCCCAUUCGGGUACACCUCAUCGACACGCUCGAAGCACAAUGCGAGGCGCUCCAGCGUCUCCAAAACGAGUCCGGCGCUUGGCACACGCUCCUGGACCACUCAGACUCCUAUGUCGAGUCAUCUGCCACUGCCGGAUUUGCAUAUGGUAUCCUGAAGGCGGUGCGCAAGCGGUACAUCUCUGCGCAAUAUAAGCCCGUAGCCGAAAAGGCGAUUGCGGCGGUGGUCGGGGCUGUGGAUGCCGACGGCGAGUUGCAGAACACUAGCUUCGGCACGGGAAUGGGAGAUAAUCUGCAGUUCUAUAAGGACAUUCCCCUCACGUCUAUGCCGUAUGGUCAGGCCAUGGCUAUCAUGGCUCUGGGAGAGCAUCUGCGUGGGUUCCUGUGAUGGGUUAGUCGUAUACCGAUUGUUUGUACAUAGAUGUGCCAUGAUAGAUAUAGAUUUUAUGAUUAUGAGGACAGAAUGAACGACUUCUGAUCUGAAUUUCGCUUGCUUUGGUCGAUGUAAU